AUGUGGACUUGCUUCAUAGCAGUUUCAAUACUUGCGGUUAGUGGACUAACUGCAUACAUAUAUCCAACUCGGGAAGAUGCAGCUCGCUUCUCAAUGUUUAGAACCACGCAUAACUAUAUCCUUGAUGGCUACACUUUCCGCAAAGAGCAGUCGACUAGCAUUUUAGAAUGUGCACACUUGUGCCUGACAGAGUAUCGCUGUUUAUCGUUCAACUUUCAUCAUACAUUUGGCGGUCAGAUAGUAAGCUGUCAUCUAAACAACAGAACCGCUCAGAGUGCUGACAUGUGGUUCUUUGUGGUCUAUAAGGGGUGCACAUACGGGGAACUGCAAAAUUUGACUGAACCUGGUCUUAUUUAUCCACGAGAACCUAAACCAGUUCUGGAGUUCACGUUUACUUCUCUUGGAGCCGUUGGCGAAAGUGGAUCCACCAGUACUUUUGGUUAUAAUGGCACAAGCCUACAAGAUUCUGUUCUCCUUGAAAGCGGUAAACAACAGUGGACAGUACCAAAGACGACUAAAUAUAUCAUUGAAGGCUAUGGGGCAUCUGGUGCCGAUGGGCGUUGUCAAAAUCCCUCUUUGUUGUGCCACAAGGGCGGUCUUGGUGCAAAAAUCACAGGAACUUUUCAUUUGACCAAAGGGAUCAUUUUAAAAAUUCUCGUGGGACAGAAGGGCUCGCUUGAUCCUGGUUAUGUUUUCGCAGGGGGUGGAGGUGGGGGAACAUUUGUGAUUAAUAGUAACGAUAGUACGGUGUUGAUUGUUGCCGGCGGGGGUGGUGGUGGAGGUAAACCAGGGGUCAAUUAUCAAGACGGUGAUCCCGGUCAAGCAGGUAAUAAUGGCAGUCGUUGUGGUGGAGCUAAUGGGAUGGGUGGUCGUCUCUGUAGUGUUGAUCGUUCCCUUUUGUGCGGCAGUGGAGCUGGUUAUAGAGGCGAUGGAGAGGUUAAACAAUUCGUAAAAGCGAUGGCGUAUGUUAAUGGUGGUACCGGAGGAAAUGGAAUUACAAGCGACUUGGCGGUGGGAGGCUUUGGCGGGGGUGGAUAUGCAAUGGACCACGCUGGAGGAGGAGGGGGAUAUUCCGGAGGAGGCUACUUUGGUAAUAUAACUAUGGGUACCGCAGGGGGAGGGGGUUCUUAUAACAGUGGUUCAUUGCAAGAAAACAAAUCAGGGAUACACAAGGGAGAUGGAAAGGUAACAAUUAAAGCGGUUUAAAUUUUGCGAAAUCAGACAAAGGAGCUCAAAAUAGUGCGGUCUCAGUUUUUGUAUGACGUCAGUGUCGAAUUGGUAAAUUUCUGGCGUAACUGAUGAAUUUCAAAAUUUCACCGAUACUUUAAAUUUACUUUAAAUUUAUGUUUCCGAUCCGUUUCCAUUGUAGUUUCUGCUUGUAUUACUAGUAUUCAUUC